UUCCAAGGCGUGUUCACGGGCAGAAGGAGGCGCCCACCGGUACGAGCUGUCACUUUUCAUUUACGACUGCUCCAGUGCCGUGAUUGCAGGGGUGGCUUCUCAGCAGCGCGUCGUGUUUCUGCUGACUCUGUCUGUGCCGGAUGGAAAUGUUAUAGCAACAUUUUUACGCUAGAGCGAGGGGCUGCCAUAACUUCCAUCAGCAGCCAUGGGUUGUGCAAUGAGCAAUCCUGCUGACAAGGAAGCAGCAGAAAGAAGCAAGAAAAUAGACAAAGAUUUACGACUGGCUGGUGAACGUGCAGCAAAAGAGGUUAAACUUCUGCUUUUAGGUGCUGGUGAAUCUGGUAAAAGUACGAUAGUGAAGCAAAUGAAAAUUAUCCAUGAGACUGGGUACUCACCAGAAGAAUGUGAACAGUACAGACCAGUGGUGUAUUCAAACACUAUCCAGUCACUCAUGGCUAUCAUCAGAGCCAUGGGACAGUUAAAGAUUGACUUUGCAGACUCCAGUAGAGCAGAUGAUGCUCGUCACUUCUUCACGCUGGCAAGUGCAGCCCGACGAAAGGGGAUUGACACCUACUUGCAUUAUAAUGAACCUUGUGGGAAGAAAAUGAUACAACACUGCUUCAGCCGAUCUAGGGAGUAUCAACUGAAUGAUUCAGCAGCAUACUAUCUCAAUGCCCUAGAUCGUAUUUCUCGCCCAGGCUAUGUUCCAACUCAACAAGAUGUACUGCGCACCAGAGUGAAAACUACAGGAAUUGUUGAAACCAAUUUCUCCUUCAAGGAUCUCAAUUUCAAGCUAUUUGAUGUUGGUGGUCAGAGGUCAGAAAGGAAGAAAUGGAUCCAUUGCUUUGAAGGAGUCACAGCCAUUAUCUUUGUGGUAGCUUUAUCAGGUUAUGACUUGGUAUUGGCUGAAGAUGAAGAAAUGAAUCGUAUGAUAGAAAGCAUGAAGCUCUUUGACUCCAUCUGUAACAACAAAUGGUUUGUGGAGACCUCAAUAAUUCUCUUCCUUAAUAAAAAGGACUUGUUUGAAGAGAAAAUUACAAAAUCUCCACUAACAAUUUGCUUCCCAGAAUACACAGGAAGCAACACCUAUGAUGAGGCAGCAAAUUAUAUUCGCAUGAAAUUUGAGAAUCUUAACAAGAGGAAGGACCAGAAAGAAAUUUACACUCAUUUUACGUGUGCAACUGACACUACCAACAUACAGUUUGUUUUUGAUGCUGUAACAGAUGUAAUCAUCAAACACAACCUCAAGGACUGUGGCCUCUUCUAGAGGAUGAUCUACUGUAUAUACACGGGUGGUUGUUAGCAAGCCAUAUAUUUGGAGCCUCAUGCUCAGAUGAGCCAGAGGGGCAUGAAACCUGGCUAUUGUCCCUGCCGAUUACAUUCCCCUGUGGAAAGUUCACACCAAAGUAUUAUUAUACUGCUUGGACACAAUAGCCAGUUUAUAUAUUUUCUGAAUAAGCUGAAAUUGGAAUUGCAAACAUAAAGACAUGAUUAAAUGUUUAAUUCAGCUAGAAUUUGGUGUGCACAAUUGGACUCCAGCCACAUUGCAAAAUGGUACAUGGUACCUACUUUUUCUCCAGCUAUGUAGUUUUCUUUCCUUGGAAAUGUGCACAAAUUGUAUGGACUUUAAUUGUGUGCCAUGUGUUAUUUGGGCCAGUGAUUACUGUUGGUGUUGUGGGCAUGUUUACCAGUCAGAUGUUCUGCUUCUUUGAGUGACAAUCGUGAUUUCUUCCUGAAAGUGUAUGUAUGUGUUAUGAGGAAUGAAUUGUUCUCUUUCUUUAUUACAUUUCUUUGUCAUGUUGGAUGUGAUUUUUGAGUGGAAUAUUGAAGCUAGCAUAUUAAUCUUAAGACAGCAGCAUGUGGCAACCAGAAAACGUGUCUUGAGUCCUUAAUUGUGUUUACCUUUUAUAUAUGUGUAACAGCAGUGAUGUACCUCUGACAUUUUACUCUGUAUUUGUCACAAAUGUAGUUGUGAAGACGUGAAUGCUUCACUGCAUUAGCUCAACCGAGUGACAUGGAAACUAAUUAUUCUUGGAGUUGUUGGUCUUAGUUAUUUAGCUAAGAACAGAUAAACCUUGAUAUUAGUUUCUCCUUAUGGUAUGACUUUUAUUCUGAAAGCUUUUAUCUGUAGAAAUAUUUUAUUACACAGGCAACAGAAUGCCAAAGUUUGUCAUUUCCUUUUUCAUCAUAGCUUAUUAUCUUCAUUUGCAAGAAUAUAUUUGAAGUUUGCUUGUAGAAAUGUGUUCUGUAUGAUUUGGAACCUCUAAGUAUAUCUGAUAUUCAUGAUGACUUGGAUUUAAUAUGAAUUCUAGAUAAAGGCAGGAGGUUGUUAACAGAAGGAAGCAGGGACCAUUCUGAUACAUUCUAAACAUUUUUUUUUAUAUAUAUAUAUAUAAUUUCCUUGUAUUUUUCUUCUUACAAGUGUUUGGUGGUUUUAGUUGUACAGUGUAUAUUUAUACUUGAUCAGUGUGGCCAGUUUUAAACCUUAUCCUUCUUUGUUCUGUCAGCGUUCCCCUGCCAUAAACUGGAUUUGCAAAGCCCUGGGCAUUUUUCAGUUGCUGCCAAAGAAGUUUUUCCUAGUUUUUAAAAUUUCAUUAUUAAUUAAAAUUUAUCUAACAAAAUAUUUUUCAAUUCAAGUUAAUGUGGUUCUUUAUUUCUAUAAAUCAGCAGUUAGCAGAAAAUGUGAAAGAUCUUUGCAUCCUUACAGUAUUGUUACAGAAUGUGCAAGAAAUUAGGGUAGACUUCUUAAAUGGCAAAAGCUCCAGUGCUUGUUGCUUCUUAUUGCUGAUUUUCUAUUGUGGCAUUCCUUUCUCUUGUAAAUUGUAACUCAAGAUGUGCCUGUUCGUCAUUAGUAGAGCUAUGUAGAUUUGUAUCUGCAGUUUGCAGAAUCAAGAUAUGGGAGGGAGAUGAUUUAUAUUACUAUAGCUAUAAAUAUCAAUAUUCACUCCUUAAUUGUUUGCAAUUUUCCAUCUGUGAAUGUAUGUACAAUACAGAUUAAAUUUCAUUUUAUCUUAUCUUAGUGUAAAUAUAGAUCUUCCUGCAGUGGUAAGGUUUGCCAAAUUGAUGUCUUAAAUAUUGGGUCAGAACUAAGGAACAAAGUUGUAAGAAUACAAAGGAACAAUGUUAUAAGACUAGUGGUAUCCAUACAAUAAUUCAAAAGUCAACUGAGAAGUGAUCAAUUUAUAUAGAUGAUUCUAUUUAUUAUUACACUGCUGUGUGGGUGCCUACAAAUUAUUUUUGGUUUCUAUCUAUAUCAGAUAAGGACAAAAGCAGUAUAAGAUCAAUUACUCUUUAUACCUAAAGUGAAAUUGAUGAAUAUUAAAAUCAUGGCUAGAAAAAAAAAAGUUAUCAGAAGACAUUUCUUUUCUCUAGGUGUGCUUUUUCAGUAAUGUAACUGUAUUUCAUCAACUUUGAGCAUAAAAUGUGCCUAGUGAUUUAAGUGUUUGUGAACAUGAGGCUAAAUUGUAAGUGCCAAUAUUCUGUUUGAAAAUAACAUCAAUUAUUAUUUGGAUAUGAAAGUACAUUGUGUUAAGAAAAUUCUGGACUCCAUAAUUAUUUUUAACCCCAUCCCAAUGGGUCAUAUGUACACUCGUCAUAACAUACUGCUUGGUCUGCGGGGUAUAGCUGUAUAUGUGGCGACGUACCAGAGCGUGUGGAGCAGGAAGUUCUGCUACAUUUAGUGGACUCCUGCACCUAGCAUCUGGAUGUUGCCAGAAAUUACCAGUUUAUGGCACCGAGAGAUUUCAGAUACCUAGCCCCAUUGGGUUAAAUAUUGUUGAAAAUUGAAGGGGAAAAAAAAAAAGCCUUUGAAUUUGAUUAUAGGAAGCAUUUGAGUUAAAAAUUAGGGAAUGCACCUUAGCAUCUCACUGCAAGAAUAUGCUUUAAGCCUAUAGAAUUCUCAUUUUCUUCACUGACAGGAAUAUACAUUUUCUGGAUUUAAUAGCUCUGAGGAUAUAAAAAGUAAUUUUGAAAGGACUGGUUUGAAUUUUUGAUUUUAUGUUUACAAGUUCCAAUGGCAUUAAUAUUCAGCAGCAUGAAGUAUAUCGAUUUUCUUCAGGGCCCCAGCUGUUUAGAUCUGGAUUACUUUGAACUUGUACUGUAAUAAUAAUAAGAGACCUCAGGAAACCUUUUUGAAAUUCACAUGCACACACACACACAGCUUCCCAGAUAAAUCUUUCAUUAUGUUUUUUUUACAAAGGUGCAAAGACCUGUGUCCAUUAUAUAUGUAAGUAUUAUGUCCACUUGUUUUUGAUUUCAUUUAAAAUAUUUGGUAUUGCUAUCCAACAUAUUUAAUAAUAUUUGAAUCAGCAGAAAAUUUGCCAGGAACUGCAGAGCAAAUUUCAGUAGUUUACCAACAACUGUUAUGUCUACUUCCAAUAGGACAUCAAGAACCCUGGUCUUUCACUGAAGAAAAGAAAA